GUCAGGAUAUUUUGACAUGAAGUAAUCACUUCUUCGAUAUAAAAGAAACCGUAAAAUCGUUAUAUAUGAUACGCGAGAGAACGGAGACGUUUGAGAAACUCUGUUCUCUACUCGAUGAGAAAUUACUAUUGAGAUCAGCUACCUUUGUGUUUUAAAUUUAGAAAUUAAAAUGGUCAAUCAUGUGAUUAGAAUCGCGUUACUCUUCGUACUACUCCUUGAACUGUCAGAGUGUGCAAAAUGUCCGUAUGCAAAAUUCACCCCAAACCACAGUUUCUGCAAAGAUCCAAAUCCUAAGUGCACUAUCUUGGAACGAGGAUUGAAACCAGAUGACAAAAAGCGCCUUCUAGACUUACACAACAUGUACAGAGAGAAAGUUGCAUCAGGUAAAGAGACUCAAGCCGGAAAAUUACCAUCAGCAACAAAUAUGUUUGAAAUGGCUUGGGACGACGAACUUGCUUCAAUUGCUCAGAAAUGGGCUGAACAGUGUAUCUAUGACCAUGACUGUGAUGAAUGCAGACAAGUCGACAGAUUUGAUGUUGGGCAAAAUCUUUACCGAGCGGGUAACUCUGACAAACCUACGACACACGACUGGGACAAGAUGGUAAAGAAAUGGUACGACGAAGUCAGUAUAUUCGAUAAAAGUUACAUCAAGCCUUUCUUUUCUGGAGAUUAUAACCACUUCACCCAGAUUGUCUGGGCUACGACAUGGAAGCUUGGCUGCGGAUUUGUCGUGUACAAAGAACCAGAGUGGUACAGAAGUUAUCUUGUUUGUAACUAUGGACCAGCAGGCAACUGGGAUGAAGAGGAAAUGUACAACGCCGGAAGAACAUGUUCUUAUUGUCCUGCAGGCUCCUGUUGUGGCGCUGAUUGCACUAAAAAAUAUAAGAAGACAUCUAAAUACCCCUCUCUCUGCAUGGUUGUAAACCCCAAGUAAUUUCUUAAGUAGGAAAAACAUGAAAAUAAUCUAGAACAAAACAAGAUUUAUCAGACGGAAUAAUCUCAAGAGAAUCUACUAUUUUAAAACAAGAAAUAACAAAUUUAGAAGCGUCUGGAAUUUUUGGAAGAUUUUUUUUCCCCUAGAAAGUCCGUACUGUUUUUACGCUUUAUGGCAUAUUCUUCUGCGAAUAAAAAUUUACUGUGCCUACAUUUGAGUAAAAUCAAGAAAAUAUAUAAUACUUUGAUUUACUUAGAUUUAUUACACAUUUUUACCUAGUUCAUAGAUUUCAACAUUUCUUAAUUUGUGAAAAUUUUUAAGUUACAUAUUUAGAACUGUAAAAAAGUUAGAUUUGUUUCUCUAGAAACAUUGGAUUAUUCUCAUAUGUUGCAAGAUUUUGAAAUAUUGUAAUAAAAUUAUGUAAUUUGAUA